AAACAGUUUUAAUCUCCCAGGAAGUCUUAGGUAUAAGAUGUUUGUGUGAUGAUAAUCCAAAUGUUCAGGAAUGAUGGAGAAGGGCAGCUGCAACAAUAUGAAAUAAGGAUCCCAUGUUCAAAAACAAUUACUAAUAUUGCAGGACUGGCAAAUACCAACAUGGAGAUGUACACUUUAAGACAUUCUACCAGGAAUCUCCAAUGACACAUUGGAGGUGAUGUGAUGUGUAUGCAGAUGUGGUCAAUCCUAAUGUAAAGCUAUCCAAAAAAGACUUCCAAGAAAAUAUCAUCCAGGGAUGUUACAUUUUCUUAUAAUGUGAGGGUAUGCGGAAUACAAGUAAUGAUCUGCAAGGAAACUUUCCUAAGGGUUCAUGGCUUACAGAUACAUGCACGAAGAGUGAGGAAUUUGCAACAUCAAAUGAAGCAGGGAUUUGCAGUGCCAAAAGAAGAUGGAAGAGGAAAACAUGGAAACUACCCACAUAAAUUUCAAGACGAAGCUGUACAAAGUGUUAGAGAAUUUCUCAACACCAUACCGAAAUAUAACAGUCAUUACAGUAGGCAACAGAACCCCAAUAGAGUGUAUUUGGAUUGUGAUCUCACAACUGCUUCCAUAUUUCAAGAUAAAUACUCAGAAUACUGCAAGGGAAAGCAGGUUCCUGCAGUAUCUGAAAGUAAAUUCAGAGAAAUUUUUGUAUCUGAAUUUAACAUAGGCUUCAAACUACCAAAAAGUGACACCUGUUCAAAAUGUGAUGAAUUUCUAAUUGCAAUAAAUAACCCAGAAUUAUGUGCAGAAGCAGUCACAGAAAAGAAACAACAAUAUGAACUGCAUCUCAAAAAGGCUGACAGAGGACAAAAUAUGAUUGUCUUUAACUGCUCUGGCUAAAGAAAAUUCGAAAGAGCAUCAUGUGAUAGCAAUGGAUAUGCAGCAAACAUUCCCCACACCUAAACUAACAGUUGGUCCAGCAUUUUACAAGAGGAAAAUAUGGACAUACAACUAUGGUAUCCACGACUGUGGAUAAAAUAAGAGUUAUAUGUUUCUGUGGAGCAAGAAAGAUGGAGGACGAGGUUCAGAUGAGGUUGGGAGCUGCUUAUUGAAGUGUUUGGAGAUAACAAAUCAUCAGACAAAACAUCUCCACAUAAUCACAGACAACUGCAAGGGUCAGGCAAAGAACUGGACUAUUAUUGCUUUGGAAAGGUCCCUUGUUGCUACCAAAAGAUUUGAUUCUGUCCAGCAUUACUUCCCUGUAGUAGGUCACACCAUGCUACCUUGAGAUCGUGAUUUUGGUCGCACUGAACGGUAUGCAAGAAACAGACGUCCAAUAGUGUACACUCCAGAUGAAUGGGCAGAAGUAAUAAAAUCUACGAGUCCAAAACAUUUCAUUGUAACUAAAACAGAAAGAGAAGACUUCAGAAGUUUGGAAAGCCUGAAGACAUUGAUCUCAAAACGUACAGAAUCCACGUCUGGAGAUCCCCUCCAUUUCAGUGAAGCUACUCAAUUUAAGUUUGAGUCUGAAGAUCCCUUCAAGCUAAGUGUAAAGCACUCUUAUUCAGACAUAGGAGCUUUUACGUCGGUGGAUAUUUGUGUCAAAAAGAAAGGAAGGCUAGUCGAACCAAAUCCAUAUCAGCUGCGAAUAAAGUACAGAAAGCCACUACCAAUUAACCAGAAAAAAACUGAUGAUGUACUGUCUCUUAUGCCAUACAUACCUGCAGCAAAUCAAGAUUUCUUUCGGUCAUGUACUGGAAAUAACGUGUACAAUGAUGAGGUAGAGGAACUUCCUUGAUGUAACUGUAUCAAUGAAAAAGUAAUU